CAUUCUAUUGGUCGGCUGUCUCACGUUCUCACACUUUCAUUGGGUUGUACAGAUGCCAAUCCAACAUAGAAGGCGGGGAUUUCUGGAUUGACAUCGCAGUCGCUCAUGGAAGGGAGUUGAUUGGUUAGGUGGAGAGAUACGUCGUUGAGCCGCGGAGUCCCGCCCCCUGUGUGUUCUGCGAGAGGCUAGUUGGGCAGUAUGCGUGGAAAGUGAUGGAGAGCGGAGUCACGGCAGCCGGGACCGAGCAGCGAGACCGUUAACCUUCACGGCGGAAAGGACACGCUGCAGGAUGGAGCAGUGAGCGGCGGCUGGACCGGGCUUGUGUGCAUUCAGAUCGAAGUGUCCAUUCGCAAGGCUUGAUGACCCCUGAUGUGAGCAGUUUGAGGGUACUCUUGUGAGGCAUAUGAUUCGGAGCCAUGCCGUUGGUUAAGAGAAAUAUCGAGCCCAGGCACCUUUGUCGUGGAUCAAUACCCAACGGGAUCACCAGCGAACUGGAAUGUGUAACCAACAGCACCCUUGCUGCGAUCAUACGCCAGCUUAGCAGUCUGAGCAAACAUGCCGAAGACAUAUUUGGCGAGUUGUUUAAUGAGGCGAACCAUUUCUACAUCAGAGCAAAUUCUCUCCAGGACAGAAUCGAUCGCCUGGCCGUCAAAGUCACCCAGCUGGAUUCAACCGUGGAAGAGGUCUCCCUGCAAGAUAUUAACAUGCGGAAGGCCUUCAAAAGCUCUACAAUUCAAGAUCAGCAAGUCGUCUCCACGAAUAGCAUCCCGCACCCUAUCACAGACAUCUAUAACACGUGCGACAAGCCACCGCCGCUGAAUAUUCUAUCGCCGUACAGAGAUGACAGAAAAGAUGGUUUAAAGUUUUACACGGACCCUUCAUACUUCUUUGAUCUUUGGAAAGAAAAGAUGUUACAGGACACAGAAGAUAAAAGGAAAGAGAAGAGAAGGCAGAAGGAACAAAAGCGUGUAGACGGUACGACUCGAGAGGUGAAAAAAGUGAGGAAAGCCAGGAACAGACGGCAAGAAUGGAACAUAAUGGCUUUUGACAAAGAGCUUCGGCCAGACAACAGGUUGUCUCCAAACAUAUACCAGGGAGCAUCUUCUGAGGGCUCGUUAUCUCCUGAUACUAGGUCUCAUGUGUCUGAUGUGACCGAUUAUUCCUAUCCUGCGACUCCAAAUCACUCCAUUCACCAACAAUCCAUGACGCCAACCUAUGUGGGAUCAGGAGAGCCCCAACUUCACAACCAGAGUCAGGAACAUGACUACAGGUCCUCAUCUGGGACACUAAGGCAUGGCACCCUAAGCAGACCUCAGCAGCCGCCACCACCUCCACCAGCCAUGGAAGGACAGCAUCCUGUCCCAGCGUCUGAUCCCAGGAGGGUACAUCCUUCCCAGUUGAUGGACUAUUACCCCACAGGAUCUCCACCUCCACCGCCACCACCUUUGAUACCUUCUGCUCAAACUGCUUUUGUUAGUCCUCUACAGCAUCCGACACCUGCAUCUCCAGCAGGACAUGUAUCUGGAUCUCCCUAUGCCCCUUCUCCACCUCCGUCUGGGCUCACCAUCUCUGCAUCUCCUGGCCCACCUCCUCCACCGCCAGGGCCUCCUGCGCCUGCUUUCUCUAUGUCAUCGUCUCCUAUGCAUUUCUCUAAAGUGCUAGAAGCAAAACGACAUGAGGGUGCACAUAUGCUGGGCUUGACUAGCGAUGCCCGUAGUGAUCUUCUUUCUGCCAUACGCAUGGGAAUUCAGCUUAAAAAAGUGCAAGAGCAGCGUGAACAGGAAGCAAAGCGUGAGCCCGUUGGUAAUGACGUGGCCACCAUUCUCUCCCGGCGCAUAGCGGUCGAGUACAGCGAUUCAGAGGACGAUUCAGAGUUUGAUGAAAAUGACUGGUCAGACUAGAAUGCCCAAAAAUAUUCAAAUGGAAUUAAAAUGUUUCACCUGCCCCUAUGAUCCACUCUGUGUCAUUAUCCAUGUAAAAUAGAUCACAGCUCCUGAAAUGCUGGCAUGAUGGGUAC